AUGGGUUAUGAGAAUAACCUUGAGGAACAGGAAGAAGAGCUACAGCCGUUCUUCAACACAGAUAAAAGCACGGGUAUGUUUCUCAAAGACUCAGGCAGUGAAGGUUCGGGAGAAACCAUUCAAAAGGAAACAUCCACCUGUGACAUUUGUCAGUUUGGGGCAGAGUGCGAUGAAGAUGCAGAGGAUGUUUGGUGUGUGUGCAACAUUGACUGUUCACAAACCAACUUCAAUCCUCUCUGUGCUUCCGAUGGAAGAUCUUACGAUAAUGCAUGUCAGAUCAAAGAGGCAUCAUGUCAGAAACAGGAGAAAAUUGAAGUCAUGUCUUUGGGCCGAUGUCAAGAUAACACAACUGCCACUACAAAGUCAGAAGAUGGACAUUAUGCAAGAACAGAUUAUGCGGAAAAUGCAAACAAACUGGAAGAAAGUGCCAGGGGAAUCUACAUUCCAUGUCCAGAACAUUAUAAUGGUUUCUGCAUGCAUGGAAAAUGUGAGCAUUCUGCUAAUAUGCUGGAGCCAUCUUGCAGAUGUGAUGCGGGCUACACUGGACAACACUGUGAAAAGAAAGACUACAGCGUUUUGUAUGUGGUUCCAGGCCCUGUUCGAUUUCAGUAUGUCUUAAUAGCAGCAGUGAUUGGAACAAUUCAGAUUGCAAUCAUCUGUGUUGUCGUUCUCUGCAUUACAAGGAAAUGUCCCAGGAGCAACAGAAUUCACAGGCAAAAGCAAAACACAGGGCACUACAGUUCAGACAACACAACGAGAGCAUCGACCAGGUUAAUUUAAAAAAGAGCGCAUGUUUCCACAAUGGCAAAAGUAAACUGCAGAGAGCUUGGACUUACAAAAUACAGUAUUAUAGACAAAAGUUCUACACAUGUUGCCUUGCAUUUGUGGUAAUCGACACCAAUGAAAACAGAACGAAACAUGUACUACAGCUAUAUUUGAUUAUGUAUGGAUAUAUUUGAAAUAGUAUACAUUGUCUUGAUGUUUUUUCUGUAAUGUAAAUAAACUAUUUAUAUCACA